AUGCAUAGGCAGAACCACAUCUCAGCAUCCAUCCGUAGAAGCCCAACUCAGCAUUCGUUGGCAGAACCACAUCACAUCAUCCUUUGGCAGACCCACAUCUCAGCAUCUGUCCGCAUAAUCUCAUCUCAGCAUUCGUUGGCAGAACCACAUCUCACAUGCAUAGGCAGCACCACAUCUCAGCAUCCGUACGUAGAGGCCCAUCUCAUCAUCCGUUGGCAGACCCACAUCUCAGCAUCUGUCCGCAGAAGCCCAUCUAAGCAUUCGUUGGCAGAACCACAUUUCACAUGCAUAGGCAGAACCAUAUCUCAGCAUCCAUCCGUAGAAGCCCAUCUCAGCAUUCGUUGGCAGAACCACAUCUCAUCAUCCGUUGGCAGACCCACAUCUCAGCAUCUGUCCGCAGAAGCCCAUCUCAGCAUUAGUUGGCAGAACCACAUCUCAUCAUCCGUUGGCAGAACCACAUCUCAGCAUCUGUCCGUAGAAGCCCAUCUCAGCAUUCGUUGGCAGAACCACAUCACAGCAUCUGUCCGCAGAAGCCCAUCUCAGCAUUCGUUGGCAGAACCACAUCUCAUCAUCCGUUGGCAGAAACACAUCUCAGCAUCUGUCCGUAGAAGUCCAUCUUAG